AUGUCAUACUCUUGCAAGAUCUGCAACACCAAGAAGGUCCCCAAGGAGCUCUGCAUCUGCGAGCUUCGUCAAUACAAGCUCACCAGGUUGGGAUCUUCCUCCAUCGAUUUCAAUAGGAACCAAUCAUUUGAUUUUGAUGACACUGUUGUGGUAGCUGAUAAGAAGAGGUAUCUGAAAGGAGGAGGCGAUCGUCAAUGUUCAGAUGUUGUCCAAAGCUUAGUGUUUAUCGCAGCUCAUAAAGAGCUAGAAGAGGAGUUCAUAAAUGAAAUAGAUGAAGCUGGUGAUGGGCGAUGGCUCCGGCGGUGGGAUCGAUUGCACGUAUGGUUAUGGGAGGUGGUUCAAGGCCAAAGUCAGGGGUUCUGGGUUCUACCAAAUCUAAUCGAUUGCUCGCAGAUGGAUGCUGAAAACCAUGAACAUGGACACACUGUCGACAUAUCUGCAGCCCUUCCAUCUGAAGAGAACAACAGGCAAACUGUCAGCAAGGUUUGUGGUGGAGCACCAUGUGGAUUCUCAGACUCAAAAACCACUUCCAGGGAGGCAAAAGAAAGAUCAGCAUCAAUGUGGAAGCUCUGGUGCGGAGUGAUCUUGUGUGUCAUCUUCAUGAGUGUAGAGGUUGUAGGUGGAAUCAAAGCAAACAGUCUGGCAAUCCUUACAGAUGCUGCUCAUCUCUUAUCAGAUGUUGCAGCUUUUGCAAUCUCUCUCUUCUCUGUUUGGGCUUCUGGAUGGGAAGCCACACCCAGGCAAUCUUAUGGGUUUUUCCGGAUUGAAAUUCUUGGCACUUUAGUUUCAAUCCAAAUCAUUUGGUUGUUAACUGGAAUCCUAGUUUAUGAAGCCAUUGAUCGUCUCCUUCAUGGCACAGUUGAUGUUGAAGGUAGUCUAAUGUUUGGUAUCGCAUCAUUCGGCUUAAUUGUCAACAUUCUCAUGAUGUUCAUACUAGGCCAUGAUCAUGGCCAUGGCCAUAGCCAUGGACAUGGACAUAGCCAUGGACAUGGACAUGAUCAUGAUCAUGAUCAUGGCGAAGAUGAUAUACAUAUCCAUGGAGUUAGUGUCACAACCCACCAACACCACCGUCAUGAUCAUGGUCAUGGUCAUGAACAUGAUCAUGAUGAAGGACACAAUGAGCCUCUAUUGAAAACCUACUCAUCAAAAGAAACGAAGAAAAGGGGGAAUAUCAACGUGCAAGGUGCGUAUCUUCAUGUUUUAGGGGAUUUAAUACAGAGUAUCGGGGUAAUGAUAGGGGCAGGGGUAAUAUGGUACAAACCAAGCUUAAAAGUAAUAGACCCGAUAUGUACUUUGCUGUUUUCGGUUAUUGUUCUGUAUACAACAAUCAACAUGCUUCGUGACAUAUUAGAGGUAUUAAUGGAGAGCACACCAAGAGAAAUCGAUGCAACAAGUCUUGAAAGAGGGCUUUGUGAAAUAGAAGAAGUGGUUGCGAUUCAUGAGUUGCAUAUUUGGGCAAUUACUGUUGGGAAGGUGUUGUUGGCAUGCCACGUCAGGAUCAGGCCUGAAGCUGAUGCUGAUAUGGUUCUUGAUAAAGUUGUGGAUUACAUUAAAAGAGAGUAUAACAUCAGCCAUGUCACCAUUCAGAUUGAAAGAGAAUAAAUAAAUCAGUUUUAAAAAAUUUUGGGCGACUUGAUUCUUUUAGGGUUUUUUAGUUGUGGGUCAGGUUUAUGUGCAGGGAUUAUGGUUUUAAGAUUUUGAUUUUUUUUUUUCUGUCAUCUUGUUUGGGUUUGUAUCUUACUUAUUGAUGCCAUAAAAUGCAAAAAACACUUGUGUGGGGA